UGAAGGACUGAUGAAGAUCACCGCUAAGCUGGACCUUGUUGAAGGUUUUGACCUUGUGCGGAAGGUGGGUCAGAAAUACUUUGUGUCCAACAAGGAGAGAGGAUCUUUCCAGAAGGCUGCAGAUUUCUGCCAGCAACGAGGCUUGGAGCUGGCUCUGCCCCAGAGUGAGGAGGAGAACCACAUGCUGCUUCAGCUGAUGGGUCAAGAUGAGAAAAGAGCCUGGAUCAACAUCAACAUGAGAAAGGCAGGAGGGAACUUCCAGUCUGACAUGAAAAAUCGACCUCUGACCUUUACCAAAUGGGGAGAAAGCCAGCCGGAUGGAAGCAUUCAGGACAGCGGCUGCAGCAUGGCAGCUGAGGACGGCACCUGGAGAGUGACAGCAGACUGUUCUCUGGACGCUGACAUCAUCUGUCAGCUGUAGAAAGAUCAUCCACCAGGCAGCUUCCUGAGUAAUCUAGAUAUGACUUUAGCUAACCUUUGUAGAGCGGUGCUUCAGCCUUUUUACAACUUAAUCCAGAUUAGUGCAUUCAGACUGCUGUCAUCACUCAGUCUUGAUCUGUUUGUCCUGACGGAGUUUAUUCACCGUGGACUGGUUCCCACUUCAUCAGAAAACCAACUUAGAGACAACAGAAAAUGUAGAUUGGUUACCACAUUUUCUUACUUUACCUUUUCUUACGCUGUAUAAUAGCGUAAUAUUUUGUUUAUUUUUAUAUUGUUGAGUAUUAGUGAUUGUGUUGAUGGUGCCAUGUUUAAACAUCACAUUAUGCCGGACCACCAGGGGGCUCCAUUCACACCCAGGUAACAGGAUGUUUUGUUUUAAAAUUGUUUUUACCAAAAUAUGAUUUUUAGUGAUAACAAUAACUCUGCUGAUCUCAGUUGUACUUAAGUAAAAUAACUAUCCUUUUUUUAUGUGAAGAAAAACCCCUGCAAGGGCCUCAAUUGCAACUCAGCUCAGACUGUGAAUACUCAAGUGUAAGCCAUCUGGUAAAACGUAACAAAUAAAAUACUGAUGUGUCAAAA